CCGGGGACGGGUCUUUUCUGAUGGAGGGAGCGUGGGAAGUGGAGAGAGCUGGAUCUGGCUCUACAUGGAGCUUUCCCUGCCCUCCGUCUGCUCUCAAAUCAGACUGACAGACUGGUGAAGUAAUCAGAACAGAGCCGCCACUGCCUACAGAUACUUUUCCCUCUCUCUAAAGCCUGCUGCUGGACCCUCUGGCUUGCUUUUCAGCCUCAUCAUUCUCUGAAAUAGCUGUUUUGGAUCUCAUUUUAAAGUUUUUGGGUCUUCUGAUUGUGAGGAGCAAGAGACAUGAAACAGGUGGUUGCUGGAACUGGGGAUAUCAGAGGGAAAGUGUUUGAGGGGACAGUGAAAGUAAUGUGAAGAUGUCUGGCCGGGCACUAUGGGAUUGGACGCUGCAGCUGGAAUGUGCUGCGCUCAGCCUGAUUACUUGGUGUCGAGCUUAAGAAAAUGCCUCUCUCUUUUACUAUUUGGACACCAUGCAGUUUGUGUGUUCUUGCUGACCGCACAUGUGUAGGUGUGUUCUGGCUUUUGCGGUCAAGAUAUUCCAGGAUCUCUUCAGAAUUGACACACCAGUGAAUAAUCUAACGGAGCCAGUGCGGAGGAAUUAUCUGCUGUCAGGACCUGCGCCGGGCUGAUAGGCAAACGCAGGGCCACCGCAAGGUGAGAAGGACAGCUGCAGGGGGAAGGGAAGGAAAACUCAGGGUCCGAUGAUGCCGUCUUCCACUAUGCAGAUGUUCGCCUUCAUUCUGGCAUUGCUUGGGGUUGUGAGUGCCACAGUGGCCACACUGCUACCCAACUGGAAGGUGAGUGCCGAUGUGGGCUCCAACAUCAUGACUGCUAUCUCGCAGAUGCAGGGGCUGUGGAUGGACUGUACCUGGUACAGCACCGGAGUCUUCAGCUGCUCGCUUAAGUACUCGGUGCUGGCGUUGCCGGCUUAUCUUCAGACUGCACGCACCACUAUGGUGCUGUCCUGCAUGAUGGCGACAAUGGGACUCUGCCUCGCUGCCCUAGGGCUGAAAUGCACUCGCUGGGGUGGCAGUUAUCGCUCUAAGGGACAUACGGCCAUUUCCGCAGGGGCUUGCUUCGUCAUUGCAGGGAUCCUGUGUUUGGUGCCCGCAUCCUGGUUCACCAAUGAAGUCAUCACUACGUUUAUGGACUCCAAAGUGCCCAAGAGCAGCAAAUAUGAACCGGGAGCUGCAGUGUACGUAGCAUUUGUAUCGGCAGGAUUCCUAUUAGCCGCAGGCGUAAUCUUUUGCUUAUCAUGUCCUGGAAGAAGAGGCGGUCCAUUAGAUUCGGGCUCUUCCCACCCGGAGAAGCCAAAACAGCUGAAGCUGCGCCAGAAGCAGCCGACCGGCAACCAAAAGAAACAGCAGCACCGCGAACAGCAGAGUCAGACUGAAACACCGGAACAAGAGGAGUCACGUCCAGAAACUCUACACCAAGAGAAGCCACAACCUCAGCAAGAGAAGAAGUCUGUCCCCGACAGAUUAAACCUGGAGAAGGAAAAGCAGUACCGGUCUCCUUCCCGAACCCGAAAUCAAGAUGCCAAGGCCGUCUACAGUCUGCACGACUACGUGUAAACAACAGUCAUUUACCGCAGGAGCAUGAGUGUUCUUACUUAUCAGACUGCCUUUCUUUGUGAGCGGCAAAAAGAGGAGGGGAAAAAUCAGUGGAGCAGCAGGAGAAAUAAUGACUUUGAUGGCGUUAUCAACCCUUCUCAUCUGUGCUUUCACUUACAGCAAGCGAAGCGGUGGAGGUAUUUCCAAAGCCUUGGAAGAGACAGACAAACUAAGGAUUGCGAAUUCUCGGGUCUUUGAUUUCACUGCAACCACAAGUGACAAAAAGGGGGCCGAAUUCGUAAGAAUGCAACACAAUUCAGCACAGUUCUGAAAGUGCUUACCAAAGGUUUUAACAAGCUAUUUAUUGCAGUCAUUUGCCUGUCAGUUGAAAAUGCAAACUCCGGCAAGCAAUUUUAUCAGCAUUUGUCCACCUGGAACCAUGUGUGGUUAGCAAGUUUUAAUUCAGAAGCUUGAUUCAUUAAGCAAUAUGUGCAUGCUGUUUGUAGAUAAUUAUGUUAAUAAUGCCGCUAAAUGGCUUGCAAACACAAAAGAGGAAAUCAGGCUUGCACCUGAGGAUGCUUCAGUCCAUUAAAUGGUGCGUGUCCAUCAGAAAAGGGAUUUUGACAUGUCCAGUCCAUAUUUUCUUUUCUCAAAGAAUGGUGAUGGGGGAGAGGCAGAGCAGCAGAGAUCGUCUGAGGUAAUGAUGCUCUUUGCUUUUCCAUUAGGUUCGCUAUGGAUGGGCGCACACUGCUCAUUUAUUGCGGGCAGGCACAGAUACACCAACACACACACAUACAUAAGCUUUCCUUCCCUCCCUCACACUCUUGCUAGAAGGGUAAUGGGGGCUUGCACCCAAUCAUGAUGAUGCUGUGCGUCAGGGUGUCAUGCCUGCAGGAAGUGCAGUUGGUCCUGUUCUAGGGCAAACAGGACGAAGAAACACGCUGUUCACCGUUUUGUCGAAAAGUAGAACCAAGGUGACAGAAAUCCCAGCGGCAGCAUUAAACUACCCCGCUGGGCAACAAUUACACCUUUGGUCUAUGUCAUUCACAGCACUUUUUUAUUCUUAUAGCGAUGCUGACUGCAUUGAGUGUUCAUUUAGAGUCAAGCUAUUGAAUGUAUUUUAGAAAGAAGACAAUGUAAUGCAAGGUAUCUGACUCAAGUUAAUACUGGAGUCAUUGUAUGUUUCCGAUUUAACAAUGGUCAAGGGCUCCUGUUGUCUCCAGCGAAACAUUUUCUGCCUUCAUUUCUGUCUCACAUAUAAGCACACAUACUGUUUAUUGUGUUUAAUACAGAAUACUCUAGAAAUUGACACAGACUGAGAGUGUAAAUAUAGACAGCAAAAAAAUGUCAUAAAGUGCCAAUAGACAAUGACUUAAUUGUACGCAUAGGCUUGAUUCUUGGGUUAAGAGUUUGAUGCCCCUGGUGAAAAUGCUGCUACUGUAUAUAUUGCAUUUUAUUUUUUCAUUAUAUUUGGUAAAGGUUAAAAUCAUAUGAAAUAGGUGUUACCCUCUGUAUCUUUUACUUUAUUAUGUCUUCUAAAAAAUGUUGUAUUUAUUAUUCCUUUUGAUUAAACUAUUUAUUUUCAAGGUAUUUGCAGAUUUAAAUGAUUGAAACUCAUUACCUCUGCAGUGGAAGUGGGCCAAAAUUAAUUAUAAUCCUGGAACAGAGGUGCACUUUCAUGUGUAACCGUUCUGUUGUAUAAAUAUCACAAUGAUUCUGACAUUAAUUCUUUAAAUUAUACGAAUGCUUGUAAUGAAUACAUGAAAUAAUUUAAUUCUUUCUUCAUGAAUAUACAAUAUAGGAUUAAGAAUAAAUAAAAUAUAAUUCGUAUUAAGUUAAUGUCAUCAUGAACACAUUUGGAUUCUUGUUUUUACGCAACACAUAUAUUAUAUAUGAGCAAUAUAACACGAGUAGCCUUAUAUCGGCACUGGUGGGAGGCCAGUGACUAUAAAGCCAUAUCGCACUGCUACUUAUGUGAUAUUGCGUUUAUACAACAGUUCGACGGCAUAACAGUGUAUAUAAUUAAAAAAAAUAAAUAAAUCAAACACGGAAAGUCUGAAAAUCUUUUUGUUACGAGGAACUACUACUUUCCUCUGCCAUUCAUUUACAUCUGCAGCUGAUGCCAGAACAGCAGAAACUGUUUCUACUUCACUAACGUCACUUCAGAGCUAGUAUUUGAAUGAUUCUUUAGCGUAAUGUCUAAAGUGAUGACAAAACAGGUGAUUUUGCUCACAUUUUAAGAUCAUAAGGCUGAACAGCAUAAAAUAUCAUCGGUCUAGAGACAUUUCAAAGUAUUUCUCUGUUGCAAUCAGGAGAUCACAAUAAUUAACCCCGAAAAAGCCAAACCAAAACAAACACUACCAGAUUACUAUGGUAUAAAUACAGCACUAUGACAUACAAAAGAGAGAAAGAGAGAGAGAGAGAGAGAGAGAGAGAGAGAGAGAGAGAGAGAGAGAGAGAGAGAGAGAGAGAGAUCGACAGAAUGUCACUUACCUGUUUUACAAUGAUUUGAACAGCUGCCGUUUGAAAUUUCGCCGAGUUUUUCCACCUCUAAGUGCUUAUUAUGCAGUCUCUGUCGCCAUCUUGUGGCAAAACGUCAACCAUCUUUGCUCUGUCAGUAUGACAGGCUGAUGGAUGUUGAUGCGCUGCAUCUCCGAAAUUAUAAAUAUUUAAAACAGGCACUAUCCUUAUAAAUAAACUGCAUCGUUGCAAUCUAAACAACUACAUUCUCACAUAAAAAAAGCCUUUAAAGUACAUUAUGUUGUCUAACUGCUGCAAUAUUUGUCAAAUUGUUGUGAGUUUAUUGAUCUGCCGUCACUCUAUGUGGGUGGAGUAAUACAGAAGGGUGAGGAGGCGGUACGAGUGCUGUUAUUGCGGAAUAUCGCACGGCUAUCAGAUUCGAGAACCAGACAGAACUGUAGACAGAGUAGACAGAAUAUAUAUAAAUAAUCAAAGUAAAUAUAUGACUGGAUUAAGCCUAUACAACAGAACACAAAAAUAUAUUUUAACUAUUUAAUGAGGUUGAUAAAAUCUAUUUCUAAUGUCUAUUUAGAAAUGAAAAUACAUUCAUUUAAAAUAAAAUGUAUAUUGAUGUUAUGAUGAAGAUGCUAGGAAUGGGGUUGUUUACAUUAUGGUCACUUUAAUUGUGUAUUGUCUGAUAUGGGUCACAUCUAAAAGACAAGUAAACAGCAGACAUUACGAACUGCUUAUUUUAGUUUGUGAUGCAAACAUAGCCCCAGGAAUCAACCCCAGGAAUACAUUUUACAUUUACUGUAAGAGAUAAUGAUGGUGAAAUACUUGGUUUCUUUUACUAAAAAAACAAGCAUGCUGUAAUCAAGAUGACGCAGUGAAUGUUGAUAAAGCAAGACCAUUUUUUCCCCAUAGCAUUACGCAGCUAUAUUGUGUUGGAUUUGUCAUUUUGAUUUCUCUAUUUUACAAAGUGAAAGCUUGUUUUAGUCCAUUUAUAAACUCCAGUAGUAAUGUGGAUCUAUCCAGUUCAAUUAAAGCACACGCCUGUACAUUUGAACGUCUUUGUUUUUGUCAUGUCACUGGAAAAUAGCCUCCUA